AACCAAAAAGAAGACGAAGAAUUUCUGCGUAUCUGAGUUAAAUAGGCGUAUUAGUGAGCUCUGUUUGUUAUAUUGUAGAGAACUGUAACCGAACCACGGCGGACUCCUCAAUUCGAAAGAAACCUGUAGAAGUAACCAUGGCAGCUUCCGAGGGAAAGAAGUUAUGGGGAGGUAGAUUUGUAGGGAACCUGGAUCCCAUCAUGGAGAAGUUUAAUGCAUCAAUAACGUAUGAUAAGCGCAUGUGGGAUGCAGACAUCAGGGGCAGUAAAGCCUAUGUGAAGGCGUUGCACAAAGCCAAGCUGAUCACUCAGGAGGAAAUGGUGCAGAUUCAGGAUGGCCUUGAUCAGGUUUUGGGUGAAUGGUCCAGUGGUACGUUCCAGAUCAAGCCAGGAGAUGAGGAUAUUCACACAGCCAAUGAGCGUAGACUAAAGGAACUGAUUGGAGAGGCAGCUGGAAAGCUUCAUACCGGCAGGAGCAGGAAUGAUCAAGUUGUGACGGAUAUGAGGCUGUGGUUACGGGAUGCUAUCACCACUCUGAAGGGAAACAUCAUCCAGCUUAUCACUACCCUGGUGGAAAGGGCAGCCGUAGAAAUCGACAUCAUUUUUCCUGGAUACACUCACAUGCAGAGAGCACAGCCAAUCAGGUGGAGCCACUGGAUACUCAGUUAUGCAGUGGCACUGAGCAGAGAUGUGGAGCAGCUGGAGGAAAUCAGGAAGCGGGUCAACAUUCUGCCUUUGGGAAGUGGAGCCAUCGCUGGGAACCCCUUCAACAUUGAUAGGGAACUUCUUCGGGAAGAGCUCAAGUUUGACGGGAUCGGCAUCAACAGUAUGGAUGCAACUGGACAGAGAGAUUUUGUCGUUGAGUUUCUCUUCUGGGGAUCGUUGUGUCUCAUACACCUCAGUAAGAUGGCAGAGGAUUUGAUUCUGUACAGCACCAAAGAAUUCUCCUUUAUCACAUUAUCUGACGCAUACAGCACAGGAAGCAGUCUGAUGCCGCAGAAGAAGAAUGCUGACAGUCUGGAGCUCAUCCGCAGCAAAGCAGGACGAGUGUUCGGCAGAUUUGCAGGUUUUAUGAUGGUACUCAAAGGCCUCCCAAGCACAUACAACAAAGAUCUACAGGAGGAUAAAGAGUCCAUGUUUGACACCUAUGAUUCAUUGCAUGCUGUACUACAGGUGGCUACAGGUGUCAUGUCUACACUGGAGGUAAAUCAGAAAGCCAUGGAGGCAGCGCUCAGUCCUGACAUGCUGGCCACUGAUCUGGCCUAUUACCUCGUCAGGAAAGGAAUGCCUUUUAGGGAAGCUCAUAGCUGCGCAGGAAAAGCUGUUCAUCAAGCUGAGUUGAAAGGUGUCCCACUGAACCAGCUUACUGUGGAAGACCUAAAUACUGUCAGUCCUCUGUUUGACAGUGAUGUGUCCUCAGUGUGGAACUACACAAACAGUGUGGAGCAGUACAGCGCCCCUGGUGGUACAGCACGGAGUACCGUUGCAGCACAGAUAGAACACAUGAGAGUCUGGCUGAAGGCGCACAGUGUGUAACUGCUCCUGCAAAUGUAAUGUACACAGUGUACAUUACGUGAUAUAGAGCCGCAAUAUUUAGAAUUAGUGUCACAAACAUUAGCACAUUUUCUAAUCCAUGAUGCAUUUAACGUAAUAACUUUUUAUCACACCCCACAAGUUCAUUGUCAAAAUACUUUGUUUAAAAUGUACUGUAACACAUUUUUUAUAUAUAUAUAUAUAUAUAUAUAUAUAUAUAUAUAUAUAUAUAUAUAUAUAUAAAAUGGAGUAUUUUGUGUGGUUUUUGAGUUUGAAAGUUCAUGUUUUAGGUUUUUUGUUUGUUUGUCUUUUCAAAUUAACAUUACUUUUUCUGUUGCUGUUUGUGGGUCAUGCAGUGUUGCAAAGUAAAGUACAAGGGGUCAGAUGCUAAUGACACUUCAGGGUGUUGCACAGAAUCCCUUGAAAAGUUUCCUUAGUUAAGGAAAAACAUUAAAGGAUUUACUGCAUUGAAAGAGA